AUGGCAAUGUUUCCGAUACUCACCCUCACCCCGACCACGACCGCCUCCCAGCGACCGAGCUCCCCACGGACAUCUACGUCCUCAAGGAGUGGUACUUUACUCGCUGCCGCACCCUCAAAGAGCGCCAAAGCCCUGUUGGGCGUCUACAACAUUCUCAUCCUCGACCUAGACGUCGCCCCCGACGAACUCUACAAGUGGAAAGCCAACAAGUGCCUCGGCUACCGCAUCGCGCCCCUCAUGUUCGAGAAAGCCUACGUCGAGGACAAGAUUUCGCGGGAGCGAAGGAAGUGGGUGAAGCAGCAUAAACAUGUCUGGUGCGGCAGUAUUCAGAAUUACGAUGUGCCGGUCUUUGAGUUCACCGAGGAUGAUGGGGCGUUUUUGAAGGGGAGGUGA